AUGGCAGGCAAUGGGCCGCGAGUCACAAAACGUUCCUUGAAUGCUUACAUCGACGAAUUGCAUCAGAAGAUUGCUAGUCUGCAGCAGAACGGCGAACGCAUUGAUCCUAGUCCACUCAGCCCAGAUUAUGCAGAGGAUAGGUCUCCCGAUCUCAAACAUGACUCGCCACAAUUGUCCCGCUCAUCAGUUCACGACCAUGAGGAAUCUCAUCAGUUACAUCAAGAGAUUGAAGAUCCAGCUUCCGGGCUCACCAACCCGCUUUCUACAGGCCCUCCGGCCUUUAUGUCCGCAGAUAAUGGGAGGACAUUCUAUCUAGGAACUUCCUCGAACUGGUCAUUCGCUCGUCGGGUACUGAGCCUCACUCACGAGCACAUUUAUCAAGAGGCACUGCCGACAGGGGCCUUGAUAUUUGAUGGCGCAACCUACGAUCUCGGAUGGGAUGGCCUGCGAAGAAGCCACAGCACGGCCGAACCCCCAGCCGUUCCCACUUAUGACCAUGCAAUGUACCUGAUCAACGUCGUCAAGUUCCGCUGCGGGCAGCUGUAUCAUCUAUUCGACGAGAGCGAGUUCAUGGCUAAUCUGCAGGAGUUCUACUCGGAGCCUAAACCCAACGCAACCACCGGGUUGUGGUAUGUUCAUUUUCUUCUCAUUCUUGCUUUUGGAAAGGGGUUCGUGAAGCACAAGGUUCAAGGGAAUAGACCCCCUGGAGCGGACUACUUUGUCAAAGCGUUGGAAAUGCUGCCGGACGUGAUCGUCCUUCAUGAGGCACCGAUCGAGUCCACAGAAGUUAUGUGCUGUAUUGCGCUUUAUCUGCAAGCGUUGGAUUGCAGGUCAUCAGCACACAACUAUAUCGGACAGGCCAUGCGAAUGGCCAUGGCGGAAGGAAUGCACACACAAAUGCCGAUCGAGUAUCUCGGUGAGAAUAUGGUUCAACGGUGUCGCAAGAUCUGGUGGACAGUAUACAUCCUGGAUCGCGAGAUGACCUCGUUGAUGGGUCUCCCCCAGACCCUAAACGACGACCAAAUCAACACUCUCCUCCCAACAUUCCCAGGUUCAAUGCAGCGCACAGCUGCCAUCGGAAUGCACAUCCGACUUUCUCGAAUCAUCGCUGAAAUCAACGGCUCGGUAUAUGCCAUCGACGGUCGCAUUAAUCGAAACUUCCUCCUACGCACAAAAUCCGCCCUCGCAAAUAUCGCCAGUCUGGCCGAUGAACUCCGACGAGCAUUCCCACUGCAAAUGGAUCGCGAGAUCAGCGGUGUUUCUAGAAUUUCUGCAUAUCUUCACCUCCUCUACCACCAAUGUAUCGUCCUCGCAACCCGACCGCUCCUAUUCUGCUUCCUGAAAAUCCGCUUCGAGUCGCCUGAAAAUUGCAUCGAGGUGCUCAAUACUUCCAGGACUGUUCGAAACUUGAUCCAAAUGAGUAUGGACUCUGCUCAGCAGAUAAUUUGCAUCCUUCACAGUCUCCAGACUGAGGGCCUUCUAGAAACAUUCCUCUCCUUCGACCUCGAAUCAAUAUUCGUCUCAACAGUCGUCCUACUAAUGGGCCCAGCAAUCGACACCCGCUGGACAUACCCAAUCUGGCUCGAAAAAGCCUACACAAUCUUCGAAGAAAUAAUCGAAAGUGGAAACCUCCUCGCAAAAUUCCGUCGCUCAGAACUCCACCUUCUGGACGAGUUACUGAGCUGCUUCCCACAAGAACAUCCGCGAUGUCUAUCCGCGCCCGUCUCAUUUCCAAACAAUGUUCUCAAUAACAAUUCUCAAGUUUCCCUGGCUAGUUCAUUCCCGCCCUCCGGACAAGCACAGCCUACUGCUUCUACUGCGCAGGCACAACUCGAGCACGAUAUUCUUUCUGAUCCCGGCGUGGGUGUGGGUGUGGGUGUUCCUGCUUUGGAUGAUCAGGAACUUGGGUUUACGAGUCGUUUGACUGCAGAGCAGAUUAUGGCUGUUGCGGAUUCGAUUGAGAGUAUUGAUACGGAGUGGAUGUCUAAUGCGAUGAUUGAGCAUAGUAUAUGGUGA